AAAAGAGAUAAGCGUAAUUAAAGCACAAAUAUUUAUUUUGUUCCGGUCACGAUUAUUUAUUACAGUUUGUUUGUGGGAAAUUUGCUAAACCUCAUUUUGUUUGUAUCCCCGGCGAGACAGAAUGCUGUCAAAGAGAUCCAAGGAAGAAACCACCAAUCUGCCACGCACUGGCGGAGAACCCAGUCAACUUAGGCUUCUGGUGAUUUCAAUGAUAAUUUUAGUAUUACAGGCUAUCACCUUAGCUAUAGUCCUUAUAUUCAGACAAUUUAUAUGCUUGUUUCUGAAGCUAAAAUACGGCAAGAGAUUCGGAGGCUUCAUGUCCCCUGGAGAUGUAAUUUGGAUGGGAGAUGACGACUCUGAGCAUAUCACAAACACAGUAGUACUGAUGGAUUCAAAAAUGAAAUCAGAGCAAUUCAAUCUCUCUUUCAAAAAAGAUAUUAUAGAGAACCCAAUGGUUCACAAUCAUCCCCUUACAGAUUUGAAGCUAUGUAGUUCGUGCCAUUCUUUCAUGGGAUACGUCUUUUAUUUGAAAGACAAUAAUAAUAAAUUAGAUUGUAUUACUAUGCUAGAUUGUGGAGAUUCAAAUAAAGACUUCAUGGAGAAGAGUGAUUUGACCGACGUUUUGUCAGAGUGUGCCACAAGACCUUUACCUCGUAAUAACAGUGUAUUAUGGGAAGUGGUAACAAUAAAGCAACCAUUAAAAGUAGAGAAUGCUGAAAAUGGUGUGCAUACGAAUGUGGUUAUUUUCCGAUUUCACCACGCUAUGGGCGAUGGCAUGUCUAUUGUCAAUUUCCUACUCAGAAAUUUAACAGACGAUCAGCAAAAAAUCCAUGAUCAUUUAGAUAAAUUGACUAAGAGAGCCUUCAAUAGGAAUAAAGCACAUCAAAAAUCUGCUAUUUCAACUUCACUCAAAAACAACUACCUGAGGCUUCUGCAGCUUGUGAUGAUGGGUCCAUACAUAUUGAAGAGAGGAAUGCUUCGGUUUAAAAACAACCAAAACAUUUUACACGGAACCAGGCUUUCAAGGGACAAGUACGUUGUCUAUUCAACAGAGCGAGAUGGAGAGCGACUACUGGAUGCUAUGAAACAAAUGAAGAAUGAAGUACCAGGUGGUAUGCUUAGUGCUGUAGCACUUAUAGCAAUUUCCAGAGCCUUACGAAGAUUCUAUAACAUGAAUAGCAAGGAAGUUCCAAGCUCUGUACCAGUUUCGAUGCCUAUACCAAUGACUGUACCAAAAAUUGAAGAGAAAAUCAUAACAAAAAACAGCUUAUCAGCCGCCCUACUAUCUCUUCCGCUUCUUAGUUCUAAAACCACAGUCCGGAAUCAACUAGCUGCAGUGGUGGAGGAAAUACGGGGUGCCAUAAGUCAACCUGAUGUUGUGGUAAGAUACAUUAUGGCGAAUGAUUUUAUUGGGUAUUUACCCAAAAAUUUGAUUCAAAACUUCUUUACAACGGGAGCCGUAUCAACAUUUACUUUCAGCAACUUACCUGGUGUUCCAGCAACAACGACUUUUCAACACGUUUUACGAGACAUAAUUUUCAUUACACCGAAUUUUGGAAAGUGUGGUCUAGGCUUCAGCAUGAUCACCUAUAGAGAUACCUUAAGUUUCGGUCUGAUCGUAGACAAGACCUUGAUACCUCAGAAGCAGGCAGCUCAGGAUUUGUUGGACGAUGUGUUGGAAGAAAUACGUAUGAUGUAUGAUCAAUUCAAAAGAAAUAUGUAAUCUUCCAAAGCAACAUGAUUCCAACAGUAAUAUGGUGGUAACGGCAUGGAAGGCAAAGCAAGUUCGAUGUCAUGGACCCAAAAAUUUGGACGCUAAACAUUUUUUAUACGAACGUGCCUCCAAAACGCCUGUACAGUUUCAAUAAAAUAAUUGGAGAUACUAUAUUCAUGUCUAUUUUUAUUUAUGUGCAUGGAUCUCGUAUUUCCAUAUAAAGAAGCGCAAAGGUCCGACUAAUAGCAAAAAUUUUAUGACCGUAAAACGAGGCAAAAUGCAGGUUCUGGCACUUGUUGGUAAUGCGACGACAAUUUCACGCAACUACUUGAAAUUCUUCAAAUCCGUAGGAUUCAUACUUCUAAAUAAUAAAAAUAUUGGAGUAUACUGGUCA